CGCACGUAGCGCGCCAAACACAAUGUUUCAAUGGCUUCUACUUACGAACUAUUGUUCUGAGUCCCUGAUAUUCGAUCAGAUCGGAACGGGUUUUGUUCAUUCUUCACGUGUUCGUUCAUUUCACAACAGUCAUUGGUUUCUCUCCAAGUGAUUUCUGUAAGUUUUUGAAGAUGAAAAAUGUUAAAACUUAAAUAUUAAAUGUUUGUUUUUCUAGCCGAAUUUAAUAUUGCAGUUCUCCGUCGGUUUUAACAUAUUACCUUGAAUUCAAUUCUAGUAAACAUGUCUGAUCACGUUCUUGAGAAGGCGGAAGAUGAUGUUUUCUUUAACAUUAUAGCAUUGAAGAAAAAGAUUUUAAUAAGUGAUCUGUUAUGUUCAAAUUGGUAUGUAUCCCUUAUGACAUUGUAAUUAGGUAAAUGUGUUUAAUUUAAAUUUAAGUGUUUUUAUGAAUACCUAUACACAAUGAUAUAGGUAGGUACCUAUAUUACACAAAUACCUAGGUUUAAAAUUGUAAAUUACGUUUUAUUUUGAUGUAUAUAUAUAUAUUUAUUAUUUUCUUUGGCGGAGUAAAUAUCUACUAUAAAGUAUAUAUUGGCCCGUUAACUUAGGGUGCAAUAGUAUUACGCAAUUCACCUACAUGAUUUACCUCAUCAUUUACCUGAUCACUUUAAUAUUACAUUAUGUUCUUUCAACAAAUAUUGGUUUGUAAUAAGUUGCAGGUAGAUACACAAUUUAGGUAAAGGUCUAACAUUUUGGACCUUGUGUAAGAUCUGUAAUAACUAUGAGUAUGAAUGUGUUGGUAUGUACGAGGGCUAAUCAAAAAGUAUCGAGACUGAUAAUAUUACUCGGAAACUGAGCGUUGAAGAGCAAAAUGAUUUGUAAACCUAGCUUCUAUGACUUAUACUGAGCACAUCUAUUCGUAUAAAAUCUCUAUAAACUUCUUCGUUUUGAUUUCACGAUAUUUUUCUAAAAUUUGUUUUUCACGUUUGGCGAUUUCGUAAUGAAUCCAAAAGAAGCGGAACUCGCUGCCACUCGAGGGCACAUUUUCAGUUUUUUAAUUGAUAUUUAAUGGCAAAAACCAUGAAAUGUUGCAUCCCUCUGAAACUGGAAAAAAAUGCAGACUAAUUUUCUAAAAUCUCCAAAUCUGUCGAGUUACUCUUCUUUUGGGUUUAUUACGAAACCGCCAAACUCGAAAAAUAUAUUUUAUAAAAAUAUCAGUGAAAUCAAACCAAAGAAUUUUAUAGAGAAGCAAUAAAAAAAUGUACUCAGAAAAAGUCAUAGAAGCAAGUGAUACCAAUCCUACUGCUCUUCGAUGCUCCUUUUCCGAAUAAUACUACCGGUCUUGAUACUUUUUGAUUAGCCCUCGUAUAUUGAAUUAAUAAAUAGUCUAUAUUAUGAAAUAAUAUGUUAAUGAAGAUUUUUAAAAUUGAGUAAUAAAGUCGAUUAGGUACUUAAGUCCAAACAGAAAGUUCAGUUUUAAAUUUUCAAUUAGCAGAGUAAAUACUAUUAAAAAAAAAAACACACAAAUGUCUAAUAUGUUUUUAAUAACUAUAAAGGUAAUACUUAGUGUAUUCAAUGAAAUUAAAAUUCUUUUUCAAUUCAUAACAGGAUAAAAAUGAUGUCGUUUUGAUAAUAUUAUAGCAUAAAUUGAGAAUUUUAUAUCCCAUUUUAUAUGUUUCUAUGUUAUGGAAUAUAUUCCAAAAUAUAUUGUUUAUCUUAUUUCUUACAUUUCAGUAACAAGCCUUCUAAAGAUUGGGUUGUGAUUUCUGUUUGUCAUCAUAUAAUCUGUCAAAUGUGCAUUGAGGUGGCAACUAGAAAUACACCAUCCACUAGUAAAGUUUCUAAGAAAGUGAAACCCUUCUGUCCAACAUGUAAUAUUUUAUACAAUUCAACAACAAGCAUAAUGCAUAAGGUUGAAAUUAAAAGCAUUAUAACUGAAAUAGAAGAUUUUCUUUGGGCAGUACAUGCCAACGUGUAAGUUAUUUAUUACAUUUUUUUGUUAACAAUAUUUUUUAAUUUAUCUAUAAUUCAAUAGGUAUGGAUUGUUGGAAGAGAAUUUUAAUACAGAACGGUAAUUAUUUAGUUAUAAUUUGUUGCAUAAUAAGAUUGAUAGUAUUAAGUUGGAUAGUAUAUAAUAGUAUCACACUUUUUUGUGAAAAAUAUUUUGUGUGAACUGUUUAUGUACAAAUUUAUUGUAUAUGAUAAUAGUUUGUGGCUAUACAUUGUUUACCGAUAGUUCAUCAAUGUCAAUUUUUAUGUAAAAAUAUAAGAUGUCUUAUAUAGAUAUGGGGUGAUUCACUAAGCGUGCUCACCCCAUUUUUUUUUUUUUUUUUUUUUUAAUUUUGCAUAAAUUUAAAUUCUAAUUUUUGAAAUUUUUAAUUUUAGUUAAUAUUUUCGAAUUCUUAGUUUUUUCACAACAUUGAAUGAGUAUUCUGUGGCGAUACCAACUUUGAUUUUUCUAAUGAGAACCUAUAUUAAAUAUUCCAUAACUAGAUGUAAUAUUAUAUUAAUUAAAUUUUGGUGUUAAAAUUUUUAUUUUCAUCAACCCGUUGCGUUAAUAAGAUAUUUCACUUUUAAGUUUAUAUAGGAGGAGAAUUGUAGAGCAGUAAUAAAAUGCCUCGUGGUGCCAAAACACAAAUGAUAAACCAUUACUCUCUCGCUACCUAAACUUAAAAGUGAAAUAUUUUAUAGUCUGGUUAACGAAAAUAAAAAAUUUUAACACCAAAAUGUAUUUAAAGUAAUACUACAUCUAUUUAUGGAAUUUUUAAUAUAGGUCCUCAUUUGAAAAACCAAAGUUGAUAUCGCCACAGGAUCCUGCUUAAAUAUUGUGAAAAAUCUAGGUAUUCAAAAAUAUCAGCUUUAACUACACUUAAAAAUUUCAAAAAUCAGAAUUUGAAUUUAUUGCAAAAUUUAACCAAAAAAAAAAAAUGAAUUUGGCAUGCUUUGUGAACCAUUCUGUAUAUAUUUCAUUUUAUAGAUUUUAUCUAAAAUUACACCCUCUGUUUUAAGAAAUUAAUUAGUCAAUUAAUUAAUUUCUAUAUAAAUAUUAAUGUUUUAUUUGCAAGGUUAUAUUAAAAUAUUUUAUUUACAAAAUUAAUAAAAAUAAAAUAAAUAAUUAUACUUAACCUAAUAAUAUUCAUAAAUGUAUAAACCAACUUAAAUUUAAAAGUCUAUAAUUAAUUAAAAAAACAAAAUAAGUAUUAGAAAAUUUAAAUUUCAGGGAUCUAUUAUAAACAAUAUGAUAUAUGCCUAUAAUAUUUUGACAAUCAAUAACUCAAUAUUUUCUUUGAAUUAUCCACACGCACAAUUGUCUCGCGGUAUAUUUUUGGCAAAAAAUUGGUAUUGAUCAGUAUUGUAUUUUAGAAAUAAAGUUUAAUUUAACUAAUUAUCAAUGAUUAAAUUUUUAAGUCCAGUGCUAGAUGCACUGGUAUGCAUCUAUAAUCUAUUGAUAUAAGAAAUAUACCAAACGCCAAUUAGAAUUUUAUUUUGUUUGAGAUAAUUAAAUAAUAAGUAUUGUACUCGAGAUUUAAAUUGUAGAUUACCUUUAUAUUAAGGUGGUCCCUAGUCAUAUAGGCAAUUUUUUUUUUUUUACAAGUUGGAUCCCUCUAAGUUUGUUCUAAUAUGUAUACACAAUUUUAUAUCAAUUGGUUAAGUUUAAUCCAUGUCCAAAAUACCACAAAGUAAAAAAUCAUGUUUUUCUUGAAAUAAUCAUUUUUUUUUUUUAUUACUGCUUUACAAUGAUUUACUUUUGAUAGUAAAUGGUAAAUAGUUAUUAGACAUUUUUUUUAAUCUUUUACUGCAAUUUAGUAAAUUAUUACUAUUAUUAUUAUUUUUAAUUUAAACGAAGGCUUCAUAUAUGAAGUUUAUUAGCCUACAAUAAUUUAGAUUUUAUACAUUUAGAGUGUUAUUAAAUACAUGAAAUACAUAAAUUACAUUAAAUACAUAGUUAUAUAUAUGCUGUGAGGUAUUCUAUUUUGAGGAAAUUUAAUAUUCUUAAUUCUUGUUUGGGUUUGAAUGUUUCUUUGAUUGAUGAGAGGUUUAUUUUUUAUUUUGUUCGAGCGGAUUGAUGAGUGGGACAUUCUAAGAAAAUAUAUUCCACGGAGAGUACUCAGAAACAGGUUUCGCACGUGGGUUCUGGUUGCCUGUACAUUAGGUGUGAAUGGGUAAGUCUUGUGUGAUCAAUAUGUAUUUUGGUGACCAUGAUCUCAUGUUGGGUAAAAUUCAUUAGAGGGUCUACCCAUUUUUCGGUUGAUAGUUUUAUUUUUUUGAAUUUGUUUUCCAUUUGCUUUUCCUAUUAGGUUUGCCACAGAGUGUGGCAUUUGAUUUUAAAAACUCUUUAGACAUAAUGAUAGUCAAGUUAGUGAACAAUUAAAUAAUACAAUUUUAAUAUGUUUUAACAUUUUGUAUGAGUUCUUUAAAACACAAUAUAGAAAAGAUUAUCAUGUAUUACUCGAACUAACUGUAAUUUUUUUGAGUGGAACACCAUAUAGAUAAAUAUUAUUUUAAACACCAGGACCAAUUCAUCAUGCUUGUUAAAUGGUAAAGGCAAUUUAUUAUUUAAAGACAUUCAUUUUUUACGAAGAAUUGAAUUUAAACAAAUUAGAAUAGAAAACAUUAGUAAUCAAUGUAUGUAUUUUUAAUAUUCGCAUAUAUGUUAAAGCAUAGUUCAAUUCUCCAAAAGUCAAUUUUACUCCCUGUCAGGAUUUUGAAAUUGGCGAAAAAUAUUUACAAAUGCAGAUAAACAAAAUCGCCAGAAAUAACAUUAAAAAAAAUUUGUCAAUCAUCUUUGAUAUUUGACAACUGAAACAAUUGGAUUAACAUUUUUUUACAACAAUAUAUCUAAAGGCACAAAAAAUAAAAUGGCUUCAAGCAAAAAAACUAAAUACUAAGACAAAUUUGAAAUAGGAAUAUUUAUAUAAAUGAAGAUUAUGGCAUUGUAAAAAAACAUUUAAACUUAAAAGUUUGUGAAGUAUUAAAUAUUUUAGGUAAAGCUAAAGAAGAUUUUAUUUCUUUUAAGACUUGGAAUUUUUUUAAAUAAUUAAAUAUCAAUUUAAUAUCAAAAAAAAGUCCUAGGAUAAUAGGAACAGGUGCAUCCACUGUUAUAAAUAAUUUAAUGUAUGCCUGUUAGCAACGAAAAAAACGAUUCUGAGCGGAGUUAAUAAUGAUGCUUUGUCAACAAUAUGUCAUUUUAUAGUAAAAUAAUUAAAUAGUCUUUAAAUAUUUUCUUUAAUUAUAUUUGUUUAAUGUAGUACCGGUUUUUCCAGUUUUCCUAUGUUUUUCACAUUUGCUGGAAAAACUUAAGAAAAAGAAACGAAAAAAGAAAAUUACCUUCCUAAUCAAAUUUCCUUUCAGAAAAAUUGUUGUCAUUGUAAAUUGGAGCAAAAUUGCUGGUAAAAAAUUUGUUCACAGGAAAAAAGAAUGCUGUAAUAUAUUUUAACUAAUAUCUAAAUUUCUUAAAUUUUCCUGAUUUUUGUUUUGGUUUUUAAUAUUUGAUGAGAAAAUCGAAAAAUUACCUCCCUAUAGUACCUCCACACACCAAUUUUUCUUUUUAGAAAAAGUGCUAAACUUAAAAUUCUGAAGAAGUCUUUUGGUAAACUAGUUUUUUCAUAGAUAAAAAAAUAAUAAACAUUAUUGUAAAACUAUAAGCUUCUUCACUUCACUCCGAAUUUAAAAAUUAUGUUUUGAAAAAACCUAUUUUUAAAAUUUGGGACAUGGGUUAAACUUAACCAAUUGACUUAAAAUUAUGUAUAUUGGAAUUUAUUUAAAGGGAUUGACUGAACAAAUUUCAAUAAUGGAAAAAUAAAGACCAUAUGGUAUCAGUUCUUAAAUAUUUUAUUUUUGUAAUGGAUUUUUAAAUUAAUAAAGUGGUAUCAGAGGUUUAAUAGUUCUGAUGUUGAAGCCAAUCAUGAAUUCCUUGUACAAUAAUUCAGCUAUAAAAAAAAAAAAAACUGCUCAAUUAAAUCAGAAAAUAGCAUUAGGAGUUCAGAAGCUGGUUAUCUGGCUGUGUGAUUACUGUUGCUCCCUUCCCCAUGUUUUGGUGACUUCACUUUCUGACUACCAACUGCUUUUGCUUAUCCUGGUAAAAUAUUUUAGUUUUUCAUGUGAAAUAUGUCAUCUUAUAUGAUUUUUUAAUAUUAUAUUUUAUGGUAUCUUUAUGCUCAUACAUAUUUAUUUUACCAUAUGAAAUAAAUAAAUAAAAAUAUAAAGCGCCAUGUUUUAAGUAUUAAUUAUAUUGGGAUGAAGAAAUUAUGUUCCCAUAUUAACAUAUUUAGCCUUAUUUAUUACAGAGUUGAAGAGCCAACAGUUGGAUCUUCUAAAAAACCGCCAAUAAGAAUAACAUUGGAUAGAGCCAAAAAAAAUAAAAAAGCAAAAUGUGAAAGUUCUAAUGGAUUAACUUCAAAAAAAUUCAAAAAAAUGGUAUUUUUUUUUAAUAUAAACUCAAAUGAAAAUUGAUAUACAACAAUAAUCAUUUCUAGUUAUACUUAUUAUAUUAAACUAUAAUUAUACACAUUUUUCAAAUAAUUAUGAAUUUUUAACUUGUAUUUAGAGAAAAAUAUUCUUAUUGCUACUAAAUUAAAUGGGGUUGAGGCACAUUAAGUUUUUUUGUAUUAACAUAUAAUAUAUUAUAUAGGGAAUACAAGUUUUUAAUUCAACAUAAUAAGAGAUGACUAUUCAUUCACAGGGAAAAAAAUCUAUUUUAUAAUGUUUUUUUAUUUGUAAUUAUAACAUACAUUUUAUAUAGGAAUUAUGGAUAUUAGCAAAACCUUCAACAACAAAAAACACUAUGGUUAUAAGAAAAAUUAAUAUAUUAAUUUAGUAUAUUAUGAAUUACAGGCCAAACCAAUAUUUUAUACUACAGAGCAAUUAAAAAAUAUAGAAUUAUCAUCAAAUGAUAUUUAUUCAAAUAAUUCUUCUGUAUCUAGUAUGUACUGCGAUUACAUCAGUGAUGAAGAAAUAACAUUAACUGAAAUUAACAAGGUUAAUGAUAAAAAUAACACAUCUAAUGAAGAUGUAAUAUAUGGGACUCCGGAUAAACAUGUUUAGUAAGUGUAUUUUUAUAUAUAUUUUUUAAUUAAAUCAAAUGCAAUGUUUAGUAGAUACCCUCAUGUAUGUACAUUUUAUUUUUAUUUUAGUACUGGAAAUAACAAAAUUAUAAUGACUUAUUCAAAUAUAUCUUCCGAAAAUGAUAUAAUUACUUUAAGAAAGUGGAGUAGGUUGUUCAAUGUAUGUUCGCUUAAUAUACAAACAAAGUGGGAUGACAGUAUAACACAUCUAGUUGUAAAAACUUUAGAUAAUAAUGUUUGUCCCCGUACAUUAAAGUUUAUGUACGCUCUAUUGUCAGGUUGUCAUGUUGUUAAUUUUGAAUGGGUUUUGGGGUGUUUGAGAACAAAGCGUAUACUUCCAGAGGUAACCUAUAUAGUACAUCAUUUUAUUAUUGAAAAUAAUAUUUGUAUUAAUAUAAUCUAAUUUGUUUAAGAAUGAUUUUAUGCCUUUUGAUACUUCUGGUGUUCCAUCUCCAUUGAAUGUUUGGCGAUUUAAUCAAGGAAUUAUUGAAUCGCCAAUGAUUUGGACUAAAAAUUGUAUUUUGUAUUUCCACAGAAGUACAGAAUUUGAUGUGGGGUAUUCAAAAUCUCCUGUAAGAUAAUUUAAGUAUUCUAUCAAAUAUUAAUAUAUAUAAUUUUAUUGAUAAAUUGAAAUGUUUAAAUUCUUUUGUUAGGUAUGGGCAAUGAAAGCUGGUUUUAUGUUAGCUAAUGAUAUGGCAGAUUUUAAAAGUAAGAAGUUUAAAAUGCAAGUUAUUUUAGUUGAUAUACCUGAAUCAAAAGAUGUUGAAUAUAUAUUUCCUGAAAGACCGCAAAUGUUUGGUGAGAAAAUAUUUAUAAAUAGUAUAUUAUUAUUAGAAAUGUUAUGAACCAUGAUUUUUUAAGUCGAACCCAACCAAACUUUCCCUAAAAUUUUCAAACCUGAACUGAAAUAUUAAAAUAUUUUAUCAAACUUGAACAUCAAAAAACUAAAAAGGUCAACCUUUACCAAUUAUGAGACUCAUUAAUGUGAAAAAAAUAGAAUUUUUCUUUUUUGUAACAAGGCCGCUCUAUCCACCACACAGAACAUCAUCUUGGUGACUGCUGAAUAGGCAUCAAAUGAUAUUCAAACUGAAUUAUUGGAUAUUUGGUUCGGUUUGAUUAUUUGCGAUUUUCAGUUAGAUUUUUGAACCGAAUCGAACAUCAUUGUUCGAUUCGAAAUCGAACAGUUCAUUACGUUUCUAAUUAUUAUGUAGUAAAUAAAUUAACUACUGAGCAGUUUAAUAAUGAGAAUUUACUUAUUAAAAUAACUCCAACGUUAAUACAUACUUAAUUUGAAUCUAGGUCAAGUAUUAGAAGGUUAUAUGUUAUAAGAUUUGGCAUCAUAAAAAAUAAUAUAUUUUAAAAAUAAUUUCUUCUAAAUAAAGACAAAAUAAUUUAACUAAUUAUGAAUUAAAAUUGUAUUAAAAUAUAGAAAUUCUUUAGCUCAGAGGUUCCCAAACUUUUUAUGAUAUAAUCCAUUUUGGAAAUAAUUUAAAUUUUGGCAACCCACAAUAAUAUCAAUGACCCUUUUUUUUUGGUUUAUUUUUCAUUUUUGGAUGAUUCAUGAAAUUUGUUCAUUGGCAUAUUCUCAUUUACAAGUAUAGUCCAAUUUGCUGGUCUAAAAGUUGUUUUCAUGUAAAAAAAUACCAUAAUAUUUUUUUUUUAAAAUAAUACCUACGUUUCAUACAUUUUCCCGUUUUUAUUAGUUUUUCCUGUUUUAUCAUAUAUUGAGAAAACUCUUGGAAAAUCCCAAAAAAACCUUUCUAAUGUACCUCUUCAGUCCGAUUUCCUUUCAGAUAAAGUGCUAUAAAGUGCUUGUAAAUCGGAGCAAAAUUCCUAGUAAAAAGUUGUUCAUGGAUAAAAAAUAAAAACAAUUGUUAAACCAAUACAUUCUUCACUCCACUCAAAAUCUAAAAAAUGUAUUAUUUAAAUAUAUAAUGCCACCCACUAAAAAUAUAAUCAAGACCCACUUUUGAACUUUCCCGACCUAUACUUUGGGAACUUCUGUAUAUAUGUCAGUCCACUGACCAUUUUCCACGAUGUAUAAAAACAAUUUUGAUGUAGACAUCUAUUAUACUUACUAUUUACUAAGUAAACAGUACAAUCAAUAUUUUAAAUAAUAUAAAAUCACGAGCACUAAAAUAUUAUAAUUUACUGAUUAAAAAAAAAAAAAAAAAGAAUCUUUUUAUGAUACUUUUAAUGACUUUUACAGUUAACAUGUUACUCCUAAUUGCAUAAGUGGAUUCAAAUUUGUAUUUCGUUUGUUUGUUUUUUUUUUUCAAAUGAAUUUUGUCAUACAAAAAAUAUAGUAUAUAUUUGUUGGUUUUUUGUGUAUAACACAAGAAAAAUUGGAAUUGUAUGCUUAAAAUACUAAAUACUAAAUAGUGUGUAAAUAUCAAUACCAGAGUUAUUUAAUAUAGGUUUAAUUUCUUUAUGAGAUAAAUUAUUAUUUUAUUCAAGUUAUUUAUUUUAACUUUUUUUUUUUAUUAUUUAGAAUGGCUGACUGAAUAUAAAGCUGUUACUAUUUAUAUAGACUGGUUUUUAGAGUGUUUGUUUAGAUAUGGGUUUGUAUUAUUUGAAUCUAAAUACCAAGUUUUAAAAUUAAAUAGAACUUUGCUAGCUAAUACAGAUAUGGAAGCCUCUUUGUUUCAGUUAGAUGAUUAAUUAAUAUUCAUCAAAUAUUAUUGAUACAUUAAGAAAUAGGUCCUGCAGUUCUACACAAACAGUAAUGUAAUAGAAUAUUCAUAACUCUUUAAAUUCUCAAGUAUUUAAGUCCAUAAUGAUUAAAAUAAACAGAAAAUAACAUUGGUAUUAAUAAUGUAUCUAGCAUAUAACCAUUAAAUAUGUCUUAAAAAUGUGUUUUUUAAAAAUAAAUGGUUCAUUAAAACUACUAUAUUAUUAAAGAAUAUUAAUAAGGUCUUAGCCUUAAUUUUAACAUAUAUACUAAUUAUAACUAUUUAUUUUUUAAAUAUGCACGUUUUUUUUUCUUAUCUUUUAAUAUCGUCACAUAGUUGUUAAUUAAGUGUUCAUUUUUUUUUUAGAUUGUAGAACAAAUUUUAAGUUAAGUUAAUUUAAUUUAUUUCAUCAAUUUUAUAAUAAUUAAUAUUAAACAAAAUGUAUAUUAACUACCUUCGAUAUUAAAAAAAAAUGUAGUUUAAAAUUUUUUUAAAUAUUUAGUGUGGAUGAAUGGAAGAAUAUACAUAUUGUUGCUCCAUAUAUUCUAAUACUUAUUACUUAGCUUUACUAAAUUGUAUAAUAAUAUUUUUUUUUUUUUUUUUUUAAAUUUUAAUUAUAACACAUACAAUCUGUAAAUACUUUUUACAAUAAGCAUGUUUGAGGAAUUAUGGAAAAAAAAAAAUAAUAAAAAUAAAAAAAGGCGAGAUCGACAUUAAGAAGUAAUAUUAGUUAUAAUAUAUUAGUAAUUUAUAAAAAUAUAAUAUUGGUUCAAUAUACUGUAUCUAGGUGUCUCACAUAACCAUAUUAGAUUAGAUUUUUUUAUUUUAUUUUUUUUAAAAUUCUCAAUUAAUAAAUUAUGAAAUUUAAAUAUUUAGCUAGAUAAAAUAUUUUAUAAACGUAUAUGUUUAGGUACCUAAGUAUUAGUAAAAUAAUUAUACAUUUAUUUAAUAAGUUUAAAUAAAAAUAUUGCUAAAUUAUAGGAAUAUACCUAUGUUCAUGAUUUCAGCCAUUCAUAAAUCAUAAAACUUCAAAAGAUAUUGAAAUUUUGAAUCUAUUAGUUUAAGUAAAAAUAAUAAUAAUAAUUUUUACAAGAACCUAGAAAAUGUAAGAAAUUUUUUUUUCAAACAAGUUUUUUAAUCCUUAUUGUACAAUUUAUUUUAAUUAUUUUGCUAUCUUAUCAUGUUUUUUUUUUUCAACUUUGUGAAAAUAAAAAAUUAUUAAUUUGAGAAUAAUAAUUUAUAAAUAUAAUUUAAAUGUACCUACCUAUAUAAUUUAAUAUGCAUAUUGAGUACAUGAUUAGAACAUGUCCUUACAUAUUUAAUUUAAGUUGAUGUAAUAAUAUUUAUAUCAUUUAUAACAAUUUUUCGAUUUAUUAUUAGUAGCAUAGUAGAUAACUUGUUAUCCAAAUUAGGUAUUAGCUUAUUUAUUUCAAAAUAAUAUGUCAACUUUAUAUUAUUACAUGUUUUACAAAUAUUGUUUAACCUUACUAAAUAAUACAACUAUAAAAAAAAAACUGCUAUUCAAUUAUUAUACCACUCGAAAGGUUGCAGAAUUUGUAUGGAACAUGACAUCUAUAUCAUAAAAAUUGCAACUUUUUGAUACCUGUAUUGUCUUUAAAGUCUCACAAUUAAAAUGGGAGGGUCAUUCGAAAAUGUAAUAUAGAGUGAUAACAAUCAUUUAAUAUUAUUUUAAAUUAGUCUUUUUCGGGUACUAUGAUUUUUUUUUUUUUUUUUGUAACCAAAUAAAUUUAACUAAAUAUAUGACCUAAUCUUGUUGAAAUAAGUGUACGAAUGUCUAAUCACAGAAUUUCUCAAUAUAAUUGUAUAAAGUGUGUUUAUACAUUUAUAAUAUUAUGUAAAACAAAUAAUUAAUUAUUAUAUUAUAAUUAAGAUAAUCUUAUCUAUUAAAAUUUAAAACAAUUUUUGCUUUUAAACCUUUUAAUUGUCUUAAUUAUUCUAAUUUUUUUGUUAGAUGUGAUAAAUAUAAGUUAUUAGGUUUUCACACCUCUACUUUCAUUAAGGCUUAGUAUUAUUUAUUUUAAUAAAAAUAUUGUAGUAAUAGUAUAUAAUAAUAAAUUAAUAAUGAUGAUUAUUAUGAAAA